AAAGCAAAACAUGCAAGCAAUUUAUUACGCUAUUGAGUUCCCAUGUAUGUGUGCGAACAAUAAAGAAGGGAAGAGAAAAAAGAAAAAGAAACUUGCAAACAAGGGAAAGUUUCCAGAUUCGGAUCAUGAUCGAAACGGUAUUCACGAGCCAGACUCUUAUGGGACUAAUCUCGGACACAAAAGCCUUCGAAUCCAUCACCGACGACUAUUUCAAGAUCCUAGAUCUAGACGGAGACGGAAAGUUAUCGCCGUCGGAGCUCCGGAAAGGUCUCAACCGCGUGGUGGCGGUGGAAUCGGAAGUGGCGUCGGGAGAAGAGACCGAUAGCGUGUACGAGGCGAUUUUCGAGAGAUUCGGCGAGAAUCUGGCUCCGGAAAAAUUCAAGGAUUUGAUAUCCGAGAUACUGACGGCGAUGGCGAGGGCGUUCGGAAACACGCCGGUGAUAAUGGUGGUGCAUAACGAUGGGUUGAUUAUGAAAGCUGUUCGUCACGAAUCGGAAAAUGCCAUGUGAGGGUUUUGAUUUUAAUUAAUAAUAAUAAUUCUGCAUUUCUGAUGGGAAACUUUGAUUCUAAAAAAAAAAAAAAAAAAACUUUUGAUUCUUGAUUGCUUACGCUUGAUUUUCUGUUCAGUUGUUUUUAUAAUUUGAAUUCGAUAUUAAUGUUCUUUGAUUGAACAAAGAAAAUACUACUACAUUGUAAUUGGGUUUAUUAUGUCUAAUCAAAACAAUCAUGGUA